AUUAAAUAAUAAUUUACAUAAUGGAUUUUGAGUAUUUUGAAAAGCAAGACGAUGAUGAUGAUAUGAAUGUAGAAUUUGAUGAAGAAGAUAUUAAAUACAAUUUAGAAGAUUCAAAAAAACCAAUUGAAAAAGAAUUGGAUGAUUCUGAAAUAUCUUAAAUAGAAAUGAAAAUUAAUAAAAUGAAAGAAGAAGAAUAGUUUUUUGAGCAUGAUUCAGAUGAAGAAUCUAAAAAGAGAUUAACAAAGGCUAAAGAAUGGAAAAGACAUUUCGGAAACUAUACUCCCUUAAUAUUUAUUAAUGAUGAACCAAUUUUUGCAAUUAGUCCAUAAUGGAUUAUAAAUCUAUUUAUAAUAAUAGGAUUAUUUAUUAUAACAUAUUUCUAAUUUACAAAACCUAAACAGAAGACUAUUUAAUUUUGCAUAACAAUAAUAUUGAAUGUUUUAGAACUUCUUGGAUAUGUAAUUGCUGCUCUUAUUAAUCCUGGAAUCAAUACAGCAAUUUAAGAAACCCUGAAUAAACAUAAUAAUUGCAAAGUAUUUAUUUUAAUUAUGGUUUUAAGAUUUGCGAAAUAGUUCAUUAUCGAAAAGACACUUAUCAUUGUGAGACUUGUAAUGUAUGUAUAAGAGAAUUUCAUCAUCAUAGCAACUUUUUAGGAAGAUGUAUUGGAUAAGGCAAUUUAUUCUAUUACUACCUUAGUAUAUUAUUCUUGCCCUUAUUCUUAAUCAAUCUUAUAGUUUUAUAUAUGUUUUGA